AUGGAACCACCAACUAUUCUACGAAUCAAGCGGAAACGCGGGCAGGACCCUCUCCAAGCCUUGAUCUUGGAGGAAAGACAAUCAGUAAAGCGGUCCAAGCCCACUUCACCGGUGUCGUCGGGUGCUAUGACCCCAAUUGAAGAACCUGCCAAUUUCUACUUUAAGCUCACCAGAACUGAUAACUCCCAUGAUUUGGAUGAUGCGCUGGUCGUGGCGUCCCUUCUCGCAGAAACCAGUGCCAGUCAGACGACACGGAGCUUUGUGAUUCCCAAGCGCCAGACCGAAGAGGAUAUGGUGAUUCCGCAUGAGUUGAGUGACAUGGUGGAAGACUUUAUGAUUUCUAACAACAGUACCACGCCCCAGCGUCGCAAGCGACACACGAGUGUUGCCCCGGCACCGCACCUGCUGGUACCAGAUGAAGAUGAAUACGUCUACGAUGUGUAUCAGCUCGCCACCAUCACUGAUCAGAACCACCCCAAGUCUCAGAUUGGGUACAUCAAGUUCUUUGAAGACGAUGACGAGCUCAACGGGUCGGAGGACAGCGUGGAUCAGGCGCUCUACUCGGACCACGAGGACUCGAAUGCUGAGGACUACUACCAAAAUGACUAUCCCGAGGACGAGGAUGCAGAUAUUGGUGAUGAUAUCCACAACGAUUAUGGCGAUACGGCCUUGGAUCUCGAGCCGGACCAGGUCAAUGAGUUAUAUGAUUAUGUCCAGGUUCACAAUGCAGACCUUCUUGAUGACGGUUAUGUCAGUGCGGAUGACGAGGAUUAUGUGUUUUCUGAGGAAGAAGACGAUUCUGAAUCUGAAGAGUUUAGCAGACAGAAGUUUUUCGAUGGGGAGAGUGACGAUGAGCUUGCGAUUCACAGAGACAAGAUCUUCGACCAACUCCAGCGCAUGAUUAAUGAGGAAGAGUGAGCGGUUCUAGUUUAGAUUGUAAACAACCGUUGUGUCUACCAAAUUGGCAGUUUGAAAAGAUUUACUUUAUGCAUGUUUUGUCUUCAGGAAAAGAAGAACUUACUAUGUACAAUCUGGUUGAUGUCUAGGUCACCACCUUUGGGGGGCUCUAUUACGGACGCCUUCACCAAGAUGGGCGUGAAUUCCCUGAGCCUGAACGCGACACUCUGGCGAGAGAUGUCUGAAUACUUCAACAUCACAUUGUUCUUGCGGAAGUAGAGUGUGGGUUUGUAAAUGUUCACCAAAUUCUCAUAGAUCUCAAUAAUAUGUGGGUUCUGAAUCUCCAUCUCGAGGGCUUUAUUAAGGUUAUUAGAUAACAUCUUCUUGUUUUGGUGCCUGAGCUCAUAGAUUUUAUGAAGCAUUUCCAAAUUGUCUUCAUCUCUAAUCCAUACCACAUGGUACGAGUCUUUGAGAGUAUUGGUCAUAUCAUCAUAAAGACACUUUAGGGCGUCCGAAGAGUGCAAGUCGAUGAACAGCUGCCUGAGAAUAAUGGCAAGUUUGUCGGUGUGUUCUGUCGAAGUCCAGAACGAGUCAUGAACUGCCACAAACGGGAUACCCUGCUCCUCACACUUUGCACAUGUAAGUAACAAGUGGAGGGCGUCUAGGGAGUGGAUAAAGUUGGGGGAUACUGCAUUCAAUUGUUUUGUUAUGUUGAUUUUGCCUUCAUCAUCGAACUUGCUAACUGAGAAUGUUUGCAACCUGGUACUAAGAGUUUUUGUGGACUUCUUGUUGUAAAGUUGAAUGAUGGGGAACCCUGACAUGGAAGUCCACAUCAUUGGCUUAAAGUUUUGGAAUUUGACCAAAUCCAUGUGUUUGUGUUUCACUUCCUCGAGCCUAAUUGUGUUCAUCACUCGAUAGGUGUUCUUGUACAACCAGUCUUCAACAACAAUUAAGUUCUUGAAUACGUUGCUGAGUGAUAGGGCGAUCAUACGGGCUAUCCGUAUGACAAUUUCCCUUCUAUUGGAGUUGUAGAAUUCGAGUUCCUGCUUGUUUAGUUUCUUGGAUAGGUCGUGCAGAAGAAGUUCCUCUUGAAGUUGCUCAAUCACCCCAUGGGGGGUAACCCCAUACACUUUUGUCAUAAUUGGCCGCUUAAUUACCUUCCGGGUGAUUAUCUUGCCAAUAAUACUAUCUAUUGGGGUAUCUUCAACUUUGGUCAAAAUGGUUUCCAAUACUUCAUUAUAGAUAUCCUGCCUGGUUUCUGAAGGAAUGAGGUUAACCGCCUUGCCUCCACCCAGAUCCUGCGAGAGUGCAGCAUAGUGUUGUAAUCCAUUGCAAGAACCGUCCUGGUGGAUGGGAACCCUACUUUUGUACUCGCUGAUAUCUCCAGAAAACUCGGAAAUCUUCAAAAACUCCUUACAUAACCGCAAUACUUGCCAGGGACUAUCAGCUUCCAUCCACCACUUGUUCUGCAUGGGGUCCCUUGCAGAGCU